AUGCAGAGCGAGUCCUGCUUCACUGCCUCUCAGCUUUAUAGAGGGAUCUGUACACCUCAGAAUCACACUAUGUCCCUGCGUGAAAACACAAUGGACAGACCACAGGCCAGCAAACCUGUUGCCACUGACAACAAACCAACUCACAGAUUGUAUCCAUCACUGCCAAAUAUAGACAGGUAUGAUAUUUGUCUGCUGGGCCACUCCACUGGUGAAAAGCCUCGCACGGCUGCGGAGUCUCAUCCUGACCCUGUGCUGGGAGACAGACAGUCGGAAGUGUGUGCCGCCAACAGUGACGUCAGAAUGAAAGCACAGAUACUUAUCUUGGAGGACCAGAGGCACGAACUUCUUUCUAUUAAUGAGAAAUGGGCAAAAGAGUACCGAACCAUGGUGCAGUACUACAAAGAGAAAGUCCAGGAUUUAAAAGCAUUACUGCACUUUGAACAGGGGACGUGUGAGGAAGAAGAAACGCAGAUCACAUUGUAUAAAAAACAAACAUUCAGGACACUCAAAGGAGAGGACAGCAAAUGGAGUGGCGACGCUGACGUACAAUCGGAGCUACUGAAACUAGAAAAGGAAGCACAAGAGCUGCGAGCGCAGAACAGCACCCUGACCCGCAGGGGGCAGCACCAGCACGAGGAGAUCAAACGACUGAACAAGGCCAUGAAGGAGGUUCUUCUGACCACGCAGCCUCUCGGGGUGAGCAGUGAAACACUACAGGAUCUGUGGAAACAUCAGGCUGAGAUCUACAAGGAAGACUUUUUGACGGAGCGGAAGGACAGGGAGAAGCUUAAAGACAAGUAUUUGGAGCUAGAGAAUCGGUUCAGGAAAGCUCGCAGCGAGCUGCAUGUCCUUAAAUCACAGGUGACUCGGACUCAGCCUCCACAACCGGUGCUCGAAUGUGUCUGCACUGCUCAUCCACACUGGGAGGUCCAGCCAGUUAAACAGCACCGCAUGCAGACACAGAGGCGAUACACUCUUGAUAACAAACUGUGAAAUGAGCGUGUGUGUUAUAAUAUUUUGCUGCACUUUAUGGAAGUCUCUCUUCGAGUACGACGGCCGGAUGAGAGCUCAUCGUUCGCAGGGUGAGACUACAAAAGAACAUCUGCGACUGUCUGCUGCACGCUCGUCUUCAGGUAGUUUUCAUCAUGACCGGAACGAGGUCGCCCCCCAGUCUGGGCCUGUUCGGUGACCUGCAGCGGGGACAGAAAGAAACCUCGUGAAUCUCUGUAUGCACAUUUCCCAAGAGGACAAAAAGCAGCAAAGACUGACAUAAAAUACUCUACCUAGUGUUUACCAAGUUUGUUCUGUGCACCAUGCACCAGUGUACUCACUUCCUGCUCCUGUGACACUGGUCCUGAGGGAGAUAUCAGUUAUUGCACAACCCAAAUAAAAUUGACAUGGAUCAUAUUUAUCAAUGGUGCAAAAAGGUGUUUUGUUGCAGGUAUUCCUUCAGUUUUAGCUCAUCUGCACCUGAGGCAUGUCAGAGGGGAAGUCAGGGGGAAAGUAUACAGGAACUUUUAUUUUGACAGUAUAUUUAUGAAUGUGUAUUUUUCCUGUUUUCUUGUUUAUUUAUC